CAUCACCACUAGCAACAGCAACAGCAGGAAAGUGCAGCCGACAGUGAAAAUGUACCAGUCCCAGCCCCAAAGCUAUCGGUCCCAGCCCCCGGCUAAUGCCCAAAGCAGCAGCCCCAGCCCCAGCCCCAGCCACCGACAGACUCUAAGCCAGGCCAAGAUCAAGACCCACAGCCGCAGUCUCAGCCUCCAGAGCAAGCGCCAGCUGUUUGGCGCUUUGCUGGCCAUUUUCAUGUUGGCGGCGUCAACCACUUGUGGCGCCGUUACAGACUCGCCCAUCAAGAUCAUUCGACUGCCGGCGCAGGCGCCCGUGAUUCGCUACCGGAGUGCCGACGCUGCUCCGGAUUCGCUGCUCAUCAAUUACCGCCAGGAUGCCCAGCCGGAGCUGUCCUCCACUCUGAUGCAGGCUCCCGGAGCUGCGGCAGCCGCUCUGGAGUCCCUGCUGCGAGAGGAGACGGAGCAACAGCAGGCUCAGAUGGGUCGCCGAAAUCGGGCCAGUAGCUCCACCACCGGGAACUGCCCACGAUCCUGUCCACCGAGCAUCACUGUAGGAGCAGAGCCUGUUUGCGGUAGCGAUGGCCUCAUCUACGCCAAUCUCUGCGAGCUGCGCAAGAAGACCUGCUCUCGCAGCGGAGUCUCCCUGAUUAAGGAUGUGCGCGAUGGUUGUGAACGAUCGAAGGGCUCCGAUUGCAAGCAUAGAUGCAGCACGGAGAAGGAUCCGGUAUGUGGCACAGACGGACGCACCUAUCUCAACCGCUGUAUGCUAAGGGUCCAGUCCUGUCGGGUCGGACUGGCUGCCGUGAAACUGUCGCACGUGGGACCCUGCAGCAACACGAGUGCUGUCCGAGAGUCCUGUCCCGUGGACUGCAACAGUGCCCCGAAAGAUGGUCCUAUCUGUGCUUCGGAUGGAAAUGUCUACAACUCCACGUGCGAGAUGAAGCUGCAUACCUGUGGGCAGGGUGUGGUGAAGACCAGUCGGAAGCACUGCCAGUCGACUAGGAUGUGCCGAGAGUCCUGCUGGCGGGUGGCUAGACCCACCUGCGGUUCCGAUGGCAGGCUGUACGCUAGUCCCUGCAAGAUGCGCUCCUCCAACUGUGGCAAGCACGUCUUCGAGGUUCCACUGUCUUUCUGUAUGCCCCAGGAACGGCAUGGAAGCGCUGCCGACGCCUGUCCAACUGAAUGCCCCAAAGCUGAGGCAGAUGCUCCUUCCCAAUACAUCUGUGGCAGCGAUGGAAAUAUUUACUCCUCGCUCUGUGAGCUCAAAAUGCUGAAUUGCGGACCCCAAAGGAAGUCGAUCCAGAAGAUGAGCAUGGACAAGUGCAAGAACCGCCUAAGUCGAUGCAAGCAGCUCCCUCCCUGCAAGGACUUCAAUAACCUCUUUGGCUCCAUUUUCAGUUCCAAGAGAAACGACAAGCUAUGUGGCACGGAUGCCAAGACCUACAACAACGAGUGUGAGCUGGCGCAUGCCACAUGUCUUCGAGGCGUGAAUCUGGCCCACAUCGGCCCCUGCACGGAUCUGAACUCCCCCACCAAGGACUGCGGAGAUGCCUGCACUCGAGCCGACUUGGAGCAGCAACCUGUUUGCGGAUCGGAUGGCAACACGUUCGCCUCGAUGUGCGAAUUCAAGCGACGAACCUGCAAUCUUCGAGUGGUUCCCGUCUCUCUGAAAAACUGCGCCCUGACCGCCGACUGUGAAUCGGAUUGCGAUGCCCAGCCGCCGAAUUUCGUGUGUGGAUCGGAUAACAACCUGUACAAAUCCGAAUGCCACAUGCGAAAGGAGAACUGUGGCAAGCAUGUGUUCGUUGUGCCACUGAAACGCUGCCUGGCCGCUUUCCAGCUGAAGGGAUGUGCCCGCAUCUGUCCCAGGGAAUUCGAGCCCGUGUGCGGCAGUGAUAACAAAACCUAUUUGAAUGACUGCUUCCUGGAGAUCGAGAACUGCAGAGCCAACCAGACGGUGAACAUUAACUAUUACGGCGCCUGUGGACGCCCCGAGGCACCAUCGACUAAUUUCCUUUACUAAGGAGUGAGCUUGUGGCGCCCACAUUUCACUUGGCAUUUAAUAUUUUUAGGCUAUAGUCUUGUAUUGUAUUUUUUUAAAAGCGAUAUUUAUUGAGUUUGAAUUAAAGCCCCCCCAACGAACUUAAAAGGAA